GCGGGCGGUGGCGCGGGUGUUCCCGCGGCGGGAGCGCGGCGGCGCGGGGCUGUAUGGACGUGAUGUCCCCGCAACAGGAGCACCUCGGCCCGGGCCGCUCGUCCUCGGUGAGCGGCGAGAGCAGGGGCUUCGCCGCCGCCGACAGCAAGAAGAAAAUGAAGAGUUUGGCCCAAAGACGCCAGUCUGCACCAUCUUUGAUCUUUGUUAAAGCACUCAGCAGAUCUAGAUCAGCUUCAAGGGAAGGCUGCUUGUCCCCCAUCAGCCCAGAGGCAUGGCCCCUUGUGCAGUCUUUCAUCUGCCACAACCGAACAUUCAUCCUGGAUGGCCACGUGCAGCUGAAGACAAGUCUGCAAACCCAAGAGCGACACCUUUUCCUCUUCACUGACCUUCUGGUUGUUGCCAAGUCCAAGUCACACUCUCAUUUCAAACUGAAGUGCCAAGCACGUCUCUGUGAGAUGUGGACAGCAUUUUGUACAGAAGAAGUGUGUGAAGGCAGCACAGAUCCAGACCGCUCCUUUGUUUUGGGCUGGCCCACCACAAACUGUGUGGCGAAUUUCAGGUCUGCAGAACAAAAGGAAACAUGGCUAUCUUUUUUGCAAAGUCGAAUAAGAGAAGAGAAGGAGAAAGACAAUCCUAAAAGCAUUCCUCUGACGAUAAUUGCAAAGGACGUGGGAACUUGUGCAUACUCAAAAACCCUAAGUGUAACCAAUGUUGAUACAGCAAAUGAUGUAAUUAUGAUGGUCCUGCAGCAGCUGGGAAUUAAUGGAUCUGAAAAAGACUACAAGCUGUGGGUGAUUUCAGGAAGAGAACAUGCUCCUUACCCUCUUAUUGGACAUGAAUACCCCUUUGGAAUUAAAAUGAGCCACAUUCGUGACGCUAUGCCCCACGGAUCAAAGCACUGUGCCUGCCCCAGGCAGCUUCAGGGCCCUUUCUUGCCGGAGCAGCUGCCCCAGGAGCUGCAGUGCCAGUUUGUGCUGAAGCCCAGCCAGGUGGCCGCGUGCCAGCAGCUGAACGACUUAAGCCAAAAGUCAUUUAAAAGGAAAAGAUCUAUCAUAAAUUGGGCUUUUUGGCGUGGCCCAGGCGCUCACUUGGACAAUGCACCCCUCUCCUCAACAUCUGCUGCUCCUGGGAAGCUCUUUGGCCUCUUACUAACAACCAUCUGUGAGGAUGACAACCUGCCCAAACCCCUCUUGGACAUGCUUUCCCUCCUUUACCAAGAGGGGCCUUCCACCAAGGGUAUUUUCAGACGCUCUGGAAGUGCAAAAACAUUCAAAGAGCUAAAGGAGAAGCUUGAUGCAGGCACUGAAGUGGACCUGGCCCGUGAAUCCAUAUUUGUGACAGCAUCAUUGUUUAAGGAUUUUCUUCGCAACAUCCCAGGCAGUAUUUUGUCAUCCCAGCUGUGUGAUAAGUGGAUCUCUGUGCUGGAUCAAGGAAAUAAUGAAGAGAAGAUAAAAAACAUCCAAAGGUUAGUAGAGCAUCUCCCCAGAGCUAAUGUUGUUCUCUUACGUUACAUCUUUGGAGUACUGCAUGGGAUAGAAAUGAGAUCUGAGGAGAACCAGAUGAAUGCCUUUAAUCUGGCUGUCUGCAUUGCACCUAGCCUGCUCUGGCCUCCUGUUUCCUCCACUCCUGAUAUAGAAAGUGAAUUUAUUAAAAAGAUUUCUAGUCUGGUACAGUUCCUCAUUGAGAAUUGCUGCAGGAUUUUUGGAGAUGAAAUUACGUCCCUCUUCGGAGAAAUACUGAUGACAUGCAAGAGAGAGAACAGCUCAGAUGUUGCUUCUCUGCAUCAGAAUGACUCUUCCUAUGACAGCCUGGAAAAUGAGGCAAAUGAUGAAGCUGACUCUUCCUCCAGUGACUGGAUUAAAACCCAUGAUCAGGAUAACAGAAGCAGGGAGUCUGUCUUCACUCUGAGUGAUGGCGAUUCGGAGCAGACGGAGGUGGAUGAAAUCCAAAGCCAAACCAAACUGAAGCAGUUGGCAAUCUCCGCUGACGCGCACCUGAAGUUUUCCUUGCAAGAAAGCUCCAAUGAGUCUCCCUACUCCAGUGGUUUCCCCUCAGCAGCUACCUCAGGUGCUCCCAAAGCUGUGCGGAGGCAACGGCGCUCCUCGGAACCUGCGGUUGGCCUGCAGAGCUCCAGUUUCGCCCGCGCCGAUGCCGGGCGCGAGAAGGCGACACGCAAAGCCAGCUGUGACGUUGUCCUGUCUCAUGGAGAUCAGGACUGUCUCUGCCAGCGCCGCUCCUUGCAGGUGGGGAGGCAAAAGCUUGGCCAUCAGAGCCUGCUCAUAGGGACUAACGUUGGUAAAAGUGACAACACAAACCAAAACGUUGAAAGGAAAGACCUGUCCCAUUGUCUCCAGCCUCCAACGCCAGAGGGAUUAAAUAUUUGCUCAGGAUUUAGCUCUUUUAGCCGGUCUUCUUCUGGGACAUCUCCAUCUGUGUCAUCGAUUUGCUCCCUGGACAGUUCUUUCUCAGUGUUUUCAGACCAGGCUGUGUUUACCUUAAGUGAAACCUCCUGCCCUUUUGAUAGCAUUUUCCAGUCGCUGAAGAAACAUGAAGAUGCUGCUGCUGCUCUGGCUGAUGACUGUUUUCUUCCAUCCACCACGGUGCCACCAUCUCCACAACCUACUGACAUUGGGGCUGAGGGGGGCUUGGUGGGGCCCAGCAGCAGGUCAGUACCCCUGAAACCUACUGAUGGAGUUGAUGGCUGUUUGAUUAAGCCUGACCUUCAGCCAUUGCCUCUGAAAGUCACCGGGAGAGACAGACUUCGUGCAAAGAGGAGGUCUAGAAAAGCAUUACAGCAGUCCAAAGUUUGAAGAGACUGACCAAAGCUUUUUGCAGAGGAAUCUUAAUGCUUAAAAUAAACACCAUAAAGAAAAUGCCUUUGGUGUUGAUGUGUGUUCAUUUUAAGUUUAACAUCUAGAUUGUUCAAAUUUAAUUGAGCAGUCGCCGGACUCACAGGUUUUCUUUUUUUAGGAAACUGAGUAAUGUUCGAGUAGAAAGCUUUGCAAGAACAUUGUAGGAAUAAUCAAAAUUGCUGAAAAGCAAGCCAACAGAAAUCUCCUGAAAAUCUAGAAGGGACCCAGGAGGUAACUAAGGCCAGUGUCCUGUUCCCUGACCCUGCCAGGGCAGCGGGCUGCCUGCUGGGCCUCUCUCCUUGUCCACUCGAGUGUUGAGCCUUGCAGAUGUGAGUCCCAGUCCUUUGUGCUUUUGAUGUAGCGUGCAAAGUCGCAUAGCUUCCAUAACUGUGGUAUUAUACUGCUGUUCUGAAACUGAUAAAUAUUACUUUCAUUGUCCUUCAAGGAGUGAGUAAGUGUGUUGUUUUCUGUAUGUUUAUACAGUAUGUUCAAUAGGUGUAGUUAUUUCUUUCGCACUGCAAAUGGAAGAAAAAGUAAGCCCAAAAGUAUGUAAAGGGAAAUGCUGAAUCUUGUAACUAACACCUUGCAGCUCUGUGUUUCAUUUAUUGUGCUUUGUUGACUGUUCUGUUCAUGUUUAAGUUGUGAAUAGUUUCUUAACAUUGCUGUAAAUGGCAUUAUGUAUUAUUGCAAGCAGAACACGUGUAAUUUUAUUAUGCAACAUCUAAAAUAUAAAACCACAAAAUGGAAUUGGAUUGGAAAGGACCUUAAAGAUCAUCCAGUUCCAACCCCCUGCAAUAGACAGGGACACCUUCCACUAGACCAGGUUGCUCAGAGCCCAGUUCAACCCAAUCUUGAAUACUUGCAGGGAUGGGGCAUCCAUAACUUCUUGGGAUGACUUGUUCUAGUGCUUUACCACUCUCUGAGUUUAAAAGCUUUGCCCUUGUCCCGCCACUAUCUGCCCAUAAAGAAGUCAUCUCCCUUCUUUUUAUAAGCCCCCUAAAGGUACUGGAAGGCCUAGCUGAGGUCUUCCUGAAGCCUCUUCUCCAGGCUUAGCAAGCCCAGCUCUCUCAGCAUUUCCUCACAGAAGAGGUUUCCCAUUCCUCCAAUGUUCUUUAUGGUCCUCCUCUCUACUCGCUCCAACAGGUCCUCCCUGUGCUGGGCCCCCAGAGCUGGAUGCAGCACUGCAGGUGGGGUCUCACAGAGCAGAGGGGCAGAAUCCCUCCCUCCCCUGCUGCCCACCAUUGGAUGCAGCCCAGGACACCUUUGGCUUUCUGAGCUGGGAGUGCACAUUGACAGCUCAUGUCCAUUCUCUCACCUGGCAGCACCCCCAAGCCCUUCUUGGCAGGGCUGCUCUCAAAGAGUUCUCCCAGUCUGUACCUGUACCUGGGCUUGUCCUGACCCAGGGCAAGAUGCAGCACCUUGCACUUGGACUUGUUGAAGCUCCUGAGGUUCUCAUGGCCCCACUUCUCAAGUUUGUCCAGGUCCCUCUGGGUGGCAUCCCGUCCUGUUGUGUCCACUGCACCUCUCAGCAUCCUGUCACCUACCAGCCUGCCGAGAGUGCCCUCGAUCUCACUGUCUGUGUCAUACUUCAUAUAAUAUAUUAGAGUAAUGCAUUAUCUAAAUGCUUUGAGUUUGUAUAAUAUAUCCUGUUAAAUUUUGCUAUUAUAUAUGUUCUGAAAAAUAAAAUGUGUAUUUUUGUACUUGCAAAAAACUGCUGCUAAUUUUACAAGUUCUGUUUUGUUGUUAUGGCACUGGUAUUGAUGUGUAUGCAUUCAAUGCUAUAUAUUAAAUAUUAUUUGUUAUGUCAUAAA